AGAGAAAUCUGAUAGUUCAACAAGACAUUGCGUUCUUCAUCUUACGUACAUGCAUCAUAAGCACGGCGUCGCGUGCUGAUCAAGUAGACAGUUUUGACCCUAUUCAUGAUAAACUGAAUAUUUCAACCUUUCACUGAUUCGUUUGAUUAUUCCGGUAAGCUUUGUCUCCAAGUGGCUCAUAUGGUUUGUAUGUUUGUAUAUUUAUCUCAAUUGUACGAUAGCCGCUCGCCAAUCAUAAAAAUAAUAUAAGAAAAAAUAUUAGGUUAUCGAUUUGUCACCCUAAAAUCUAUUGGGGUCGUGCUGUGCCGUGUGCGGACCUAACAAGUUUUUAAGGCGGAUAUUGUUCCAAUUUACUGCGUGACAGAGUUCAGUAGGCAGCUGUUAUCAUUGCCAGACAGAGCUUACUUUUUCAUCCCAGAACACUCACAACGCCAGAGCUGCGUUGAGCGGACCUCCUAUCUUAAUUAGCAUCGCGAAUAAUUUAAAGUUUUUAUUUGCAAAAUGUCCAUCAAUCUUGAGCAUACGACUAAUAACAAUAAUCAUAAACUGUUGGAGAACGACAAGAAAGAUGUUGAAAGCCAGAAUAUAAACGAGGACCCUUUGACGAAAGCCAUCGGAGCGCUCGGGAAAUGGCAAAUAUGGGUUUGCUUCGUGGUGUUCCUGGUCAAAUUCCCCGUGGCCUGGCAUCAGAUGAGCAUCAUAUUCCUUGCACCACCCAUGAACUUCACAUGCGCAGCAACUCAGCAAGAGAAAACUUUCGAUAACACCUGUCACGCUAACUGCACAAGCUACGAAUACGAUCACCAUGUCUUCCAAGAAACAAUUGUGUCCCAAUGGAAUCUCGUUUGCGACAGGCAUUGGCUGAAGAACCUCACACAAACUAUUUUCAUGCUGGGCAUUCUCGUUGGCAACAUGAUGUUUGGACAUCUAUCAGACAGAUUUGGCCGACGAAACCCAUUCCUGGCAGCCGUUUUCCUUCAAUUGAUAUCGGGAGUGACUACAGCAUACUCUGUCAACUGGUACAUGUUCACCACACUCCGGUUCUUCCUCGCAGUAGCUACUGGAGGAACAAUGGUCACAAGCUUCGUCCUGACUAUGGAACUGAUUGGCGCUAAAUAUAGAGACACUGUUGGCAUUAUAUACCAAAUACCUUUCAACUUGGGACACUUGACUCUCCCCCUAUUUGGGUACUACUUGCGCGAUUGGAGUACCUUUCAGCUGGCUAUAUCACUGCCAUCGGUGUUAUUCCUGAGCUACUAUUUCCUGUUACCGGAAUCUCCAAGGUGGCUCCUGACCGCUGGCAGAAGCGAAGAAGCUGUGAAGAUCAUGGAAGUUGCAGCAAAGAGGAAUGGGCGCCCAACAGAAGCGAUAGCUUCUACUACUCAGAAGAUGGUCGUUGAUAUGAGUUCGAGUGCUAAACCAGAAGAGCACGCCUCAUUCCUGGCCUUAUUCCGAACACCUCGGCUGCGCGCACGAACCCUGGCCAUUUGCUUCAACUGGUUCGUGUGCGGACUCUGCUUUUUCGGGGUCUCUCAGUACAUGAGCCAUAUUUCUGGAGAUAUAUUCACUAAUGUGGCUAUAUCCGCUGCUAUACAGGUACCCGGAACAAUAAUAUCCAUCUACGCAAACAGACUUCUCGGCAGGAAAAUUACAUUGAUCAGCGCUAACUGCGUGACGGGACUCAGCUGUCUACUCAUCAUAAUCGUUCCUCAGUCUGGGAUCGCUCACCUAACCCUCGGCUGUAUCGGUCUUUGGGGCAUGAGCAUAUCCUUCGCUACUGUCUACCUAUACGCGGGAGAACUCUUCCCAACUGUUGUGAGAAAUUCAGGAGUAGGGCUGUCAUCAACAGUAGCAAGAAUAGGCUCUAUGGUGGCCCCGUUCGUCGCUACCUUAGCGCAUACCAGUGCUUGGCUUCCACCCCUAGCAUUUGGGAUAGUGCCCCUAAUAGGAGCCGGUCUAUGUAUCAUUCUGCCCGACACCCGUGGAAAGAAACUACCUGAUACUUUAGAAGAAGGUGAGGCGUGAGCUGCAACUUCCUGAUCAAAACUGAAAGUAUUCGUAUUUUUAAUCUCAAGGAUAACUGAUCUGUAUGCUGUAAUGUAUGAAUGUCAUGGAUGAACGUAAAGACUAUACACUAAGAAAGAGCACGUGGAUUAUACCUACCUAAUUUAAAGACUAUUUAAUUGUUAUUGUUCUCGAGAUGUAUUUAUAUAAACUAGAAUAAGUGAAUUAACUACAGGUCUAUUUUUAUAGGCUGUGAUAAAUAAAGAAUUUGUUUACAUGACAA